GUCGUUGAGUAGGAUAAGACGAUUGAAUAUUUGAAUCGCACUGGUUCUUUUGUUGUAAGCUUAUGUGAGUUGAGUAGGGUUUUUGUUUUCAAAGAAUUUUUCUGGAUAGUUGUGAGUAUAACUGAUAAAAAAAUUUUGGACAAUUAUUUUAACACAGUUAUGAGACAUUUGUUUUCAAAAAAGAAGAUGCUUGAUAGAACGAUAUCUACCCAAACACCGGCUUGCUUUUUGUUUUAAACAUCUAGCGAAGCGUUAAAAUUUAACGUGAAUACAUCAGAAAACGAAAUAUUUUUUUUUGUCAUCUACGAAAAAAUAAAACGUAAUACCUUUUCUUACUGCGUUACUACAUUGUAUUGAUUCAGCUGCAAAGAAAUUCAAGAUCAUUACAGAAAGAAGUGUUGUAGAACCUAUUUAACGUAAAAGUAACGACUUCAGAAAAAGAGAGAAAAAAAAAAGAACAACAGUGAACGUUGAAAAAUAAAGUAGCAGAGAAGCUAAGAAAAUAAGAGUUGAACACAGAAACUAGGCCACCACGUUUCCUCAACAAAUACGUUCACGUAUUAUAUUAUUCUACGCGUAAAACUAAAGAAUUGCAAGGACCAAUUUUUCAUUGAAUACCACACAUAUUAGUAGAACUUAUCCUUUACUUUUGAACAAAGCAUGUCAACAACAUUUGGUUUCGCUGUCCCCCCGCCGCCGGAUCCUCAUUACAACAAUUCGGAAGAAGCAAGUCCGUGCAACACUACAUCGAAAAUGUGUUUAAGGGUUAAUUCUCAACCUCUUAUGAAUACUAUGAGACCUCAAGUUGGAGUUUCUAUUGAGCCCAAUCCGAAUCUGUACAUCCAUAAUGUUCCAAAAGAUGCUACUGAACAAGAGUUAAGAGAAUUGUUUUCAUCUUUUGGAACGGUUGAACGGAUUCGCUUGAAAGUAAAUCAAAAAAUCGGACCUCAAGCUUUAUAUGCUUUCGUAACGUUCAGUUCAACAAGCGAAGCUCAAGUGGCUCUUCAUCGUCUUAAUGGAUACGAUAUGCGUUCUCGUCGUUUGCGCGUGGAGUUUCAAAGAUUACGAAAUGAAGAGGAUCGCCAGUAUAAUACCGAGGAAUUCGCAGGAGGUAGAGGACGGGAAUUUUAUUCACGAGACGAUGGUCGAAAAAGAGCUACGCAGUUUUCAUAUGAUUCCGAAUCUAGCAAUUUAAGUGAUCAGAGGUUUCUGACAAAACGACCUAGACAAUUCGAUAAUCGUACGGUCUCAUCAGAUUUUCGUCCUAAUCCAACAGCACAUAAUAAUGGUACUACUACAAUAACUCAGCCUACCAGCGGUAACGCAAGUCGAUAUGGUGACCAUCAUGCAAAUCAUUACUCAUCCUCGAACAACAACUGGAGAGCUAAUUCAGUGUCUUCGUACGGUCCGAGAGGAGCUGCGUUUUCACAAUAUUCAAAUCGUUCCAAACCACAAAUACGUCACCCCCCUGAACGUAUAACAAUUUAUCUGUGUGAAUUAUUGCGUCAUUUAGGUGUGACUGAAAUGUGCAAAUCAUCUGAAACAGGUGGUCUUGAUGGUAUGGAUGAUAGUGAACCACCUACAAGUUACUCAAACAAAAAACCAUCUUCUCAAGAUUUUAGAUCGACUAUGCCAACAGCAGUCACGUCAAGUUUUAAUCCUUCUGUACCCUUCAACUCUCAAAAAAGAGGAUCAUUUGCUGAUUUACAAAUGAGUCCGUACAAGGAACUUGUUCAAGCUGUGUCACCUAACAACUGCAAAGCUGUUUGGAUGGGACAUUUGGUGCGUAAUGCACGAAGAAAAGUUCCCAUCAUAGCUUAUGCUAUAAGUGGUCCAGUAGAAAAGUUUUUAUCAGCAGAAACUUUGUUAAAUAUAUCUCAUCGCAGCUCGUGGACUGAGCUGUCAAAAAAGCCAUUAUCGUGCAUAUGCUAUUUCUGUUUAUGUGAUCAAGACAUACCUUCUGAAAAUCCAGAUAAAUUAACACCAUUAACGCCACAAAAACAAGAAUCUUAUAUGAAAUGUUUCCAAGAUCAUAUUGAUUACUUUACAACCAAAAAAAAAGCUGGCGUGGUUGCUUUAGCCGAAGGGAAGCAUUUAUAUAUCGUCCCUCGCGGGACAGUACUUUUCGAGCAAUAUGCUUCCGAUGUUAUUAAAAGUGAUAUACCUGUACUUUUAGGUCUGUUUACGCAAGCCAUGGUACAACAAAAUGUAGCAUCAGCAAAUGAAAACGAACUUGUAGCCAACUUUUCUCAAUUAAACAAAAAUAGUUCAUGUCUUCCCUCCAAUAAUUCAACGUAUAUUGCGGUGCCCGAUUCUGUUUAAAAAAAGAAAUAAAGGAAGUAAUGUAUUUUUUUUUUUUUAUUGUCAAUCAUAUUUUGAUAAGUCUAGCAAGAUGUAAACAUUUUUUUUUGGUGCCAUUCUUGCUGGAAAAAAAUGUACAAUUCUUUUUUUUUACAGGGCCGUUUCAUUAAAAACAUUGUCAAUACCCUAGGUUUUUUUUUCAGUUGUUUUUAAUACUUUUUUUUUGAACUGUGUAAAAACCACGUUUGAAUUUUACCACUUGAUGAA